AUGAUUUGUGUGAGACAUCACACUUUUUUAAACCAAAAAUAUGCAAUCUUUAACUAAGACAAUCUGUUAAUGAUUGGAAAAGUAUAUUUAUAUUUAAAAGAUAGUCUUAAAACAAUCCAAAAUAUCGUAUACCAUACAGUAUUGAAAGUAUAAUAACUUGGUGUUUAAGAGAGAAUUAAUAGCUAUAAGGAUUUGAGAUAACAAUAAAUGGAAAGAAGAAAUGGUUUGAUAUGAGUCAUCAAUAGAGUUUGUAAUUGAUGCAAGCUUUAAAUGGAAGAUUUCUUUACAAAAAUAUAUAGGCUUUCUAUCAAUUUUAAUAUAUUAUCGGUGUUGGAAGUUUUAGUAAAGUAUAAUUUAAAUGUUAUGUAUUAGGUUAUCAAAGUAUUCAACACCUUAGAGAGAGAGUUCUACGCUUGCAAAGUGCUUAAAUUAUCUUAAUUUGAUGUAUCUAAUUUUUAUAUUAAUUCAUAGGAUUUUAAAAACGAACUUUCUAUUCUUUAGUCAUUAGAUCAUCCAAAUAUAAUAAAAGUGAAAGAAGUCUAUCUAGAGGACAAAUAGAUCUGGUUAAUAACUAAUUUAAUAGAGGGAGGAACUUUGAAGGAAUAUUUAGAGAAAUUAACUGAAAUAACUCAAUUCGAAGUUUAUAUAAUUAUGAAAGUACCUAAUUUAAUAAUUUUAGUAAAUAUUAAAUAUAAUUUAAUAUUUACAUUCGAAAGGAUAUGUACAUCGAGAUAUAAAACCAGAGAAUAUUUUAUUAAGUUAAUAUCGCAAUCCAUCUAAACUUUAUUUGAUUGAUUUUGGUUUAACUGCAAAAAAGGAAGAUGUGGCUACUAGAUAUCCAAAUUGUGGAACUCCAGGAUACAUAGCUCCAGAAGUUAUUAAUUUCGAUCCUCAUCAUCCAUAUGAUGAAUUAUGUGAUAUUUUUAGUUGUGGAGUACUAUUACAUAAAAUGUAUAUAAAUAAUUAUAAUUAGAUUAUAUGGAGUAGAUCUAUUUGAUGGAUCAUUUUAUAGUGAAGUGUACUAUUAAAAUCAAUAAUUUUGUUUAGAAUAAGAAUAAUUCGAUAACAAUGAAUUUGAACAUCUACUUAAAGGAAUGUUAAGAGAAAAUCCUAAUGCAAGAUUAACUGCAACUUAAGCUUUAGAAAUGUUAGAAUAGAUAGUUAAUAACAAAAAAGAUGCUUUUGAAGUUGACGUUUUAGAUUCAGAAAUUCAAUAGAUUAAGACAGUUUCAAUUUAAACUUUGAAAAGACUUGAAGGUUGA